AACAGACGAAAACAAAACAAACACCACAACACUUAACCAAAUUUCUCCUCAAAAAUGUUCGGGUGAAAAUCAAGCAGCAUUACAACCUGAGCUGGAGUUGUGCACUUUACGCCUCUAAUAUUUGUCGGUUCCCUCAAUGUCCACAAUUAUAUAUAAUGAUUAAUUUCAAUAUCAACUUCAAUGACUACAAGACCAUUUCCUCAUUGGGGCAGUGCUUUGAAGGUAGGGCUACAGUGAAUUUGGCAAAACAUCACCCUUCAAACUCCCUGGUAGCCCUGAAGAAGUUCAACAUGGAUAAACUGAAGGAAGACAGCUCCUUGGUAGAUCUUGAAAUCAUCAUAACGAAACAGCUACAACACCCGCACAUACUGCCCUACUUAGCAACAUUUGUCCAUGGUCCUGAGGUGUGCGUUGUGAGCCCCUUAAUGGCUUACGGCUCCUGCAGGGACUUAUUGAACAAUCACUUCAAUGAAGGUCUGCCAGAGCAAGCGAUUGUGAUUGUUCUCAGAGACUUAUUAGACGCAUUAAGUUACGUUCACCGAAAAGGAUACAUUCACAGGGCAAUUCGAGCUAGUCACAUAUUGGUCUCAUCUGCAGGCAGGGCUUGUCUAACGGGCUUCAGGUAUGCCUGCCCCAUUGUGAUAAAUGGGCGGUGGCAGAAAACAAUCCACUCAUUUCCCUCCAGUACAAAGGCCAACCUCAAUUGGUUGAGCCCAGAACUAUUAGAGCAAAACCUCAUAGGAUAUAACGAGAAGUCAGAUAUUUAUAGCGUUGGAAUGGUGAUAUGUGAGUUGGGAAACGGGUCCGAGCCAUUUGCUGGCAUGUCUUCAACGUUAAUGUUGACGGAAAAAGUCAGAGGUUGUACACCACAGCUGCUGGAUUGCUCAACAAUUCCUCGAGACCUGAACGGCGACUGCAGCAGCGGUAAUUCAGCUGGUCAUCAACGUUUGCCUGUUCAAACCCAUUUUUUUCCAGGAGAUUGUGAUAUAAGCCCAAAGAUAAUUCAUAGGAGAUUUAGCGAAGAUUCACAUCAAGUAACAGCACUGUGCUUAAAUCGGGAGCCGUAUGAUCGGCCAUCCGCGGUUCAGUUGCUCACACAUCCAAUUUUCAAAACUAUCCGAAAAUCCCUGCCUUUAACCGAUUUACUUAAGCCAGCGUUGCCUUUGAGUGAUAGAGUAGCCCUUAAUAGUGAUGACUUGGAGGAUAUGGAUAGCUUGAACAAUUUUUCAAACUUGGACAUUUUUUCAUGUGAAUGGGACUUCUAGAAUGAAAUUUAUUUUCGCAUUAACACUGACAUUUUCGGUUAACAAAUAAAUAGUAUUUAAUGUCUAACAACACCACAUAGAACAUGGCAAGAUUGUAUUAUACAAAGGAAACUAAAACGUUUAGCAUUUAGGACAGAAGUAAUACUGUAAAUUGUAUAUAGCCGGUGUUUGUUAUGUCGAUGCAUUUCCUUAAUUAUUCCGAAGUGGCGUAAGGCGGGUUACGUAAUGUUAAAAAAAUUGGAGAGCAUUUCGGCAAGAUCCUAUAACAAACACCCUGUACAUGUGAGAAAAUGCGCACAUUAUCGAGAUUGUCAAUAAUAGAACACCUACAAAACGUUCACGUUAAUCAUACAACUUAAUUCUAUCAUAACUAUUUGUAUAGCCAUAACAUCAUGUAUAAAGGAAUGUUCGCAAGAACAAACUGACCGUGAUUUCUAAAAAAUAGGUUUAACUGGUUUCACCAGUAAAUAAACGGGACUUUAUCGUUUAAA